GAAAUGCGUUUUUAGAGAAGCGAUGAAUUUCAUCACAAGCCUUGUUGGUCUUUCGGAAAUCGUGCUGUUCCUCAGCCUGCAGACUCGACUUGUGUUGUCUGAAGAAAAUAGGACUCAGUCUUUGAACCUCGCACCGAGACUAGCGAACUUCAAAACCAAUGUCCACCAGCUCCUGGAGGGAAUGAGAAUUCGCAAGAAACGAUGGUUUCAACAGCCGGAUGAACAGCCGGCCAAACCAGGAAAUCCGAGUCAUCAGUUGCGAGUUGGAACCUUGGCUCAAGAAUAUGGACUAUCGUACCUAUCUGACUUCAACUUGACGUUCUGGAUUUCAUUCCAACAUCAAUCCACGUACCACAUCCUUGUCGGCACUCAGCAAGGGAGCAUGAUGUUGUUCGAGAUCUCUGAUGAGGACGAUAGGGAAGCAAACACGGUUGCGCUGUCGGUGCAGGAACACAUUGCCUCUAAAGCAAUGGCCUUUUCUUAUUUCGAUGAGCAGUGGUUUGUUGUUCUGCAGUCUUCCGGAGAAUUAACGUGGCUACGCUUAUACCAAAAAGUGAACCGAGGCCUGGAAGGUAGACAAAUGAUCGUCUUGGAUGGCGAAUCGGAUUUCGACAUGGCAAUGAUAAAAGGAGUUCAUUAUUUGGCUGUUGUGACAUAUAGGGCUGCUGUUCACCAAUCCAUGUUGACGCUUUACCACUGGACUCAAACUCAAUUCGACAUGAUAGCUUCUCGUCCAGUGCAGGUUGCCCGCUCUGUCAGCUGCUGGGUGUUGGAUGGCAGCCUGUACCUGGCUGUGGCACAGGAAAGGAACGAGGAAGGCAAUUACAGAAUAGGAUCUCCCAUCUUUCUUUACAAUGCAAUGGAUGAUGAUGGCCUUGUACUUCUCCAGGUGUUGAGCACGUAUGGUCCAAGAAAAGUGAAACAUUUCUUUAUGAGUGGCAGUCACUACAUCAUAUUCUUUGGGCAGGAAGAUGCAGUUAUUUAUUGGUGGUCGAAUGACCAGUUCUUGUUCUGGCAAAGACUAGAGGGAACUGCUUUCGCUUCAGAUGCUGCGGUUUUGGCAAUGGCCGACGGUGAGGCAAUGAUGGUCAUCGCGUUGAAGGAAGAAGCCUAUUUCUACGCCCAAGAUUUUUCUGGCCGAUACAUCGGAGCUUUCCUAAUGAGCUUGCCUGAACACCUGGUUUCACUUCAGAUCAUGUUCAGCGGGAAAGCAUAUUAUGCGUUAACGCUUUUCCAGACACGACCUCAGUCGCUGUGGAAGUUGACUCUGGAUCACUACUCGAUGCCGACCGAAUUGACGUUUAGUGCCCUCUACCAAUGCCUAAUGGAAGUGACGAGACUUGCUGACGAACGCCAGAUGCACAUUGAAGAAGCUAACCGCAAUUUGGGGCGUGUCUGGGUCAAAAAUAGAAACCAAACCAUCACUGCGGAAGUCGUCGUCACAGGUCAAGCCUCAUCCCCUCAUGACAGCGCAAUUUCCAUUCUUCAAGUGGUGACCGAUCAUAAGGUUCCUCCUGACACUUCGAUGCCACGGAUUGAAAACGCAAUUUCAACCAUAAAAUCAAUUGUAAAUGGCAUUCAGCAGAAUAUUAAAGGAAGUGUUCUAAAAUCAGGCGAACAGAAAAUUACUGGGAACAUUCAUUUUGACGGAACCAUCAUCGUCCCUUCCCUGAAUCUGCACUCAACAAGCGACGAUGUGUCAAUCAACGGCAUCCUCAUAUCCAGGAUUUACAAUUUCGCCCUAAGGAAGGAGGGGAACCAGACGUUCAAGCAUCCUCUGACAAUUGAUCAUAUUUCCUCUGAAAAUGUCUGGACCAAUACCCUUAAUGGGAUUCCAGUAGAUGACUUGCUUUUACUUCGGGGUGAACAAACCGUAAAUGGAAAUUUAGAAUUUUUUGACAUAACGACGCAGGAUAUCGCAGUCAACCGUGUCAAUUCCAUUCCUGUGGAAAGCUUCGUCACCACCAGCUCUGUUCAAACAAUUGGAGAUCUCAAAAAUUUUGCCAUUCUUAAAUCCCAAUUUAUAGACGUGGAUGGAGAAACAAAUGGCGAAGAUUUGCAGAAAUUCAGUCAACAGAUUGUUUCAAUAUUUGACGAUGACGAAAUAACUGCCCAAUGCACUGUGGAAUCGAUUUUGGAGAUCAAAGGAAAUCUCUACCUGAUGGGUUUAAUAAACAACUUGGUUAGUCUUGUGCAACUAUCUACUUCCAGUGUAUUAAAGCAUACGGAUCAAACAUUAAAAGGACCCUUCGUGUUUACCUCGCAGGUUGAUGUCCUCGAAAACUUAGAUGUAUCGGGUUAUAUAAACAGCAUCGAUACCACUCAACUUGUGACACUGUCAACAGAGCAAACCAUAUCUGGUGGUGUCCUAUUUCAGGAGCAGCUGACUAUAAAAGUCGAUCUGAUUUCAAACAAUAUUAAUGGAAUCGAUCUAGACAAGACUGCUAUCAAAAAAACGACCGAGCCGCAGUUUGUGGGCGGAUUUGUGACUUUCAGCCAGCAGCUGACUGCGACUGAAAUCAGCAUGACUGAAUAUGUGACACUGGAUACAGUGGAUCCUUCUAUGCUGGUCCAGAGCAUCGUGCGGCACGUGGAAGGGGUCGUGUGGGGCGAUGAGACUGUUUUCCACGACGUCGUUGUGCUCGGAGAUUUAGUCGUUUCUGAAGGGAUAAAUGGAUACACCAUUUCUGACUUGCCGACUACUGUAUGGUUAAAGGCAAGAACACAAAUUGUGGAAGUUCCAAUAUACAUUUCCAAGGUCACGGCAGAAGCGGAUAUGGAGGUCAAAACGGUGAAUACCUUCAUUCUGGACGUCGACGUUGCGCACAGCUACAAAAAUGAGACGAUAACGUCCGUCAAGACUUUCUUGAAUGAAAUCAUUAUACCAAGACAUGUGAAUACUAACAAAAUAGUUUUUAAUGGUUUGCACACUGCGUCUAUCGAAGAUGAGAUGUAUCGUAUCCCAAAGGAUGGUAAAAUUCACGGUACAAAACGUUUGAAAAAUCUCGAAGUUCAUGGAGAUAUUGCAGCAGAACUCUUCAAUGACUUGCAGGUCAAUAACCUUAUGCAUCCUACAAAGCCCCAGGAAGUAAAUGGCAAAAUAAGAUUUCCUUCGGAGACGACUGUCAUACAGAAUGUUUUCUACUCGGACACCGUAAAUUUCCAUACUUUCAAAGGAACCGAUCUUCGGAUAUUUAUUGAUAACGCUGUUACGAAAGUACCAAAGUACGGUAUUGGAAACAAAAAAUUUUCGACCAUUGAAGGUCAGCAUAUAAUUCUUAACGAAGGAAGCACGCUAAAUGGAAUAAAUUUCUCUGAAACGCUGGGACGAAUAGUCACUCUGAAUACUCGUCAAGAAAUACCCGUUCAGAAAACAUUUAUCGAUUCUAUUGAACUCGAGAAGUCGUCAACUGUUUCUUAUCUGAAUGGUAAACCUUGGGAUGGAAUAAUCAACAGCGUAGUCCUUCUUGAUGAAUCCAGUCGUAUCAGUUCUCAAAAGGCUUUUACAGGGGAUGUUCAAGCUAACCACGUGACCAUCGCAGGACUUAUCAAUGGCAUUGACAUCAAUCAAAUGGCGCUGGAUGCUUUUAUGAAGUCUCGGGAUAAUGUAGUUAAACCUCCGAUGAUUUUCUUAAAUCAUAUAAUAGUUGAUCAUCUUGACGCGCACACCACCAUUGACGGCUUGAGCUGGAACGACCUCAUAUACACGCACCAAGAUGAAAAACUGGAAACUGUUCUGCUCUUGUCGGAUGCAAUCCUUGGCGCCAACAUGCGGGUCGACGGCUUAUUAAACGAAUGCGAUAUCGUUAAGAUUGGAGAAAAAGCUUUGUAUUCCAAGAAAGCAACUCAGUACAUCAACGAAAGAAUAAUCGUCCAGCAACUGAAUAUCAUAGGAAAUCUGCAUGUGAAGGAAAAGGUGAAUCUUAUUUCAAUCGAUGAUAUCCAAAGGCAGUUCGUGACUAUUGCUGGCGAUCAGAUUAUUACUUCGAAUGCGCAGUUGGGACCUAAUGUCAAAGUAGUUGUAUUGAAUCUAUUGGAUCUGAUGAAUGAUAUUGACAUUGCAGAGAUAAUGAAUGAUGCCGUAAGGCAUUCUAUUCCUCAACGUAUAUCAGGAUUGAAGAAUUUCGAUAGCGUAAAAGCGGAUACGCUUACUGCAAGUCAAGUGUUCAUCGUUGAAAGUUUGGAUGGCAUUGAUGUGAAUGGAAUAUUUAAUAACGCAGUAUGGAAAGUUGGAGAUCAAGCCAUUGAUGGCGACAUAACAUUUUCCUCGGUCAAAUCUAACACUGUUGUGAUAGAUGGUUUCAUCAACGGUCUUCAUUUGCCUGAUGAUGUUGUAAGGACGGAUACGUCGGGUCACAUUCGGGGCCACACCACCUUCAUGUCAGAUAUUACUUUAGGUUCCGACAUCCUCAUUCAAGGACUAUUAAAUGGAAUGAACCUGCAACAUUUUAUUUCGAAUAGAAUCACGCUGAGUGGAGAACAAGUGGUUUCUUCUGAUCUUUCAUUUUCUCAAGACGUUAUUACUCUAGGUGAUCUCCUUGUUGAUGAAAGCAUCAAUGACGUCUUCUUAGAUUUGGUAUGCAAGGUUAAACCAGCUUUUCCAUUGGAAGGAAACAAAACCUUCGUGGACUUUUACGUCAAAGGAUCGCUCUCUGCAUCAUCUAUAAACGGCUAUGACGUGCAGAAGAUGGACCACGGAAUUCUGCGGUAUAACAGGAACGAAGUUCUGAAUGAACUGCAGGUUUUCGAAAAUUCUUUGCAAGUCCGAAAUUCGCUCUCCACAGAUUCGAUCAAUGGAAAAUCCCUCUCUGAAAUGGUUAAAUCGUUCAAUUCUAUUGCCGGAAACUAUAACAGAACUUUAACUUAUUUUGAUGAUUUGAGCUACAGUUUGGACCAACAUAUCAGCAGUCAGCUGCAAGCAUCUGUAGAUCGGAUUACAAGGCUUGCGUAUUUUAUUCUGGUGCAAGAAUUCAAUUUGGGACCAACGACUAAGAUUUUAUACGGACACGAUUUGAGACGUGCAACUGGCGAAUUUUCGCAUUCCAUGGUUAUCUGGACUUCUGAAAAACAAUGCACUUACCUGGAGUUCUGUUGCCAUGUGGAAUACUCCUAUUGGAUGCGUGUGAAAAAGUCGGGUCAUCUAAUGAUCGAUGGAACCCCCGAAACGGGCAGGUAUUACCCACUCCAGAACCCAAGUCCAAUUACUGUCGAUAAGGAUUUCGUCUUCUGGACGGACUCGGCAGCUGUACAAUCCAAAUGGUGCAACAACAGUAUAUCUGGGGAGCUGCUCUUGGCAUCUCUUAAAGCAUCUGGCGAAAAAGAAGUGUUCCUGAGGAUAAAGAGUGCCCCUUCACUGAGUGAAGUCAAGUCAUUUUGGAGGGGGCAGAAUCUGUAUGCUGUCGCAGGAUAUUAUUUCGAUAGUAAAGAAGACGAAUACAGUUCCGCAGUUGUAUACGUCUUUAAUGAGGUACGGCGUGAAUGGCGAGACCGUCAAUAUUUGCCAUCUUACGGAGUGUUGUCGCUGGACAUUACACACGACAAAUUGGAGGACGAAAUCCUGCUGGCCAUUGGGACUGGUAUGGGCACCUAUUCUUCCAUCUACAUAUGGGACGACGAAGAAAAUAAAUUUGAGUUGCUACAAAACAUACAUCCCAAGUACGUUACAAGCACACUGUGGCUGAAGCAAGGUCCCGAUCAGUUGUUGGCUAUGUCGAGUGUUGAUCAUUGGUCGAAGAAAGAAGACUGUUUCGAUUUUCUGUCUGGUGGACAGGUGGACAUCUUUCUGUAUAAGGGAAAAGCCGAAUGGAUUCAAAGCAUACCAUUACGUGGAGUAGUUUCCAUGAUUUCUCUAACUUUAGCAGAUGAUACGUUCUUAAUAGCAGCAAGUCAUCAGCUGCAGUCCAUAUUCAUCUAUGAAUGGAAAGGCUAUGCUGGUUUUAGCCUGAUCCAAUCAAUGUUUGUUGGGGAAGUGCGACAUCUCAACACUUACACAAUAGGUGAUGACACCUACAUCACCGUCGCUGUUACAAAUGGUCCUUCAAAACUUCUCAAAGUAGUUGUGCAAGGUAAACAUGCAGUUUCAGUUCCAGUGAGAAAAGAAAUUGUACCCCGUGAACUGAAAGAUGAAGCAAUUACAGGUGACAAAUUAGUGCCAGGAUGUUGAUGUUUUAAACAUCUCAAUUAUUUUUUUAACUCUCUGAACUAUUUAAAAAUGUUCUGUCAUUUGUUUUGGACCAAGAACAGAGGCAUCUAAUACUGUUAAGUUUUUAUUGUUUACUUACAUUGUUUUAAAUUGUUGAUUAUCCGAUAUUAAUACCUGUUGUUGUUUUUAAACGAAAUAGUCUACCUGUAUACAAUAUUAAACAUUUAGUAAAAUCUAAAA